AUGAGCGACUUGGACGAGGCGAUCGCGCAACUGCGCGCCUGUCGUUUGAUACCCGAAGCCCAAGUCCGAGAACUCUGCUACAAAGCGCGCGAGCUGUUAAUCGAAGAAGGAAAUGUGGUUUCGGUGGAUGCUCCAGUUACGAUCUGUGGAGAUAUCCACGGCCAGUUUCAUGACUUGAUGGAACUUUUCCGGGUCGGGGGCGACGUUCCCGAUACCAACUACCUUUUCAUGGGCGACUUUGUUGACCGCGGGUUUUACUCUCUCGAAUCCUUCCUCCUCCUCCUUUGCCUAAAAGUCCGAUAUCCUGACCGUAUGACCCUUAUUCGUGGGAACCACGAAUCGCGCCAGAUUACAACCGUGUAUGGUUUCUACGAUGAAUGCAUUCGAAAAUAUGGCAGCGCAAAUGUAUGGCGAUACUGUUGUGAAGUGUUUGAUUACUUGGCGCUGGGCGCUCUCGUGUUGGGGGCAAGUUCUGAGCUGGAACCGUCUGUGUCGAACGUGGAGAGCACUCAAGCCAUGAUGCCGAUUGACGACGGGGAGCUGGAAACCGAAGUCCUCAAUUCCAAAGGAGAAGUCACCGUGAGCACCUACAGACGACGACAAAGAUCGUCAUCCAAUACAUCAACCGAUUCGAGAAACAUUUCCCCACCAAGAGACAUCUCCGCUGCACCAGGUAACUCAAGCCAGGCACCAUUGCGGUCCGGAGCCCCAGGCACAGGCGCAUCAGGCUCCGGGUCUGGCAGCUACGGCAACACCAGCAGAACAGGUGCAGUCCUUUGCGUGCACGGCGGUCUUUCCCCCGCCAUCGAGUCCGUCGACAAAAUCCGCCUUAUCGAUCGCAAGCAAGAGGUCCCCCACGAAGGGCCCAUGUGCGAUCUCCUCUGGUCCGACCCAGACGAAAUCGAAGGCUGGGGUCUCAGCCCUCGCGGCGCCGGUUUCCUUUUUGGCGGCGAUAUUGUCAAAGGAUUCAACUACACCAAUGACCUCUCCCUUGUUGCGCGUGCCCAUCAGCUCGUCAUGGAAGGGUACAAGGAGAUGUUCGACGGCGGAAUCGUUACGGUCUGGUCCGCCCCGAACUACUGCUACCGCUGCGGAAAUGUGGCUGCGAUUCUGGAACUUGGCGAAGAUACGAGUAACGGCGGAACGGUGGCACGAAAUAGUGGCGAAUACGGACGGAGUAAUGGUCUUUUGAUGGGCUCUAAUGGCGUCGGUUCUUCGGUUGUUAGUCCGGGGAGACGGUACAGGGUGUUUGAGGCGGCCGCGCAGGAUACGAGGGGUAUGCCGGCGAAGAAACCUGUUGCUGAUUAUUUCCUGUGA